UCUGCAGCCAUUUGUGGGAGCCCAUGGGAUAUCUGCUGUAAACUGUCCCAUGUUCUGUCUCUGUUGUCUGGAUCAGACGUUUUCCCACGAUGACCACCUGAAUCCUCCUCUCUACCAUCCUCCAACUGUAUAGUUCCCUGUACUGUACGCUGCCUGACAAAAUGGACCCAGUCAUUCAACCACCCAGCCCCGAGAGCCAGGCCCUGUCCAGUGGGAGGACAGCAGUGCAGGAGGGAAACUCAGGAACCCAAGACCUUGUUGGACAUACAAGCUUACCUGUACAAACCACUCAUCUGUCAUCCAACAGUGACAAUGUCCACACUGUCUGCCCUCCAGUGCCUAAGGCAGACAGUACUUUUGCUGCCUGUCCGCCAUACAGAGCUCACAGUGACAGUGAUGGGAGGUUAACCAGGGAGGAGCUGCUAAGCCAGACUGACCUGGCAGGAGGGACACCCUCGACUGUGUGUCAACCACAGAUCUCCUCGGUCCAACCAGACGUGACAGCAUCCACCCAAUCAGAAGAGCCCCCACCCUACAGCCCACCUGACCCCAAGAUGGCCUAUAUUAUCUAUCCUCCACAACCACCUCACUACCCAGGGCCCCCUGUCAUGGCCUGCCAGCCAGCACCCAGCCAGCCAGCCUUCUACCAGGCCCAGUUCAUGCCUUCACCCAGCAACCCUCCCUACACCAUAUACAUGAGCGGCCCUCCCCUGGGGGACGAGCGGCCUCCCCUGCCCAAGGACUACAUGGUGGAGUCCCUGCUGGUCACCAUCUUCUGCUGCCUUAUGAGUGGCCUCAUCGCCCUUUUGUACUCAUAUGAGACCCGUGCUGCUCUGGCCAGAGGGGACAUGAGGGAGGCAGAGAGGGCUUCCCAGAAGGCCCGUUUGCUGGUGCUGUUCAGCCUGAUGUUUGGGGUGUUUGUUUGUCUGGGCUGGAUCAUAUAUGUAGUGAUAUCUCUCUGUGCAUAGCGAUUUGCACCUGACACACGUCUACUCAUUUACAUUUGAGUAAUUUAGCAUACGCUCUUAUCCAGAGUGACUUACAGUUAUUGCAUUAAUCUUAAGAUAGCUAGUUGGGACAACCACAUACACUCCCCCCUUUGUUGCUAUAACAGCCUCCACUAUUCUGGGAAGGCUUUCCACUAGAUGUUGGAACAUUGCUGCGGCGACUUGCUUCCAGUGAGCCACAAGAGCAUUAGUGAGGUUGGGCACUGAUGUUGGGCGAUUAGGCCUGGCACGCACUUGGCGUUCCAAUUCAUCCCAAAGGUGUUCGAUGGGGUUGAGGUCAAGGCUUUGUUCAGGCUGGUCAAGUUCUUCCACACCCAUCUCAACAAACCAUCUCUGUAUGGACCUUGCUUUGUGCACGGCGGUGGUUAGAGCGUUGGGCCAGUAACCGAAAGGUUGCUGGAUCAAAUCUCCAAGCUGACAAGGUAAAAAUCUGGCGUUCUGCCCCUGAACAAGGCAGUUAACCCACUAUUCCCCUGUAGGCCAUCGUUGUAAAUAAGAAUUUGUUCUUAACUGACUUGCCUAGUUAAAUAAAUAAACUGUUGCUACAAAUUUCGAAGCACAGAAUCGUCUAGAAUGUCAUUGUAUGCUGUAGCGUUAAGACUUCCCUUCACUGGAACUAAGGGGCCUAGCCCAAAACAUGAAAAACAGCCGCAGACCAUUAUCCCUCAUCCACCAAACUUUACAGUUGGCACUAUGCAUUGAGGCAGGUAGCGUUCUCCUGACAUCCGCCAAACCCAGAUUCGUCCGUCAGACUGCCAGAUGGUGAAGCGAGGUUCAUCACUCCAGAGAACACCUUUUCACUGCUCCGGAGUCCAACGGUGGCAAUCUUAACACCACUCCAGCCGACGCUUGUCAUUAAGCAGGGCGAUCUUAGGCUUGUGUGCAGCUGCUUGGCGCUCGACGAAUAGUUAUUGUGCUGACGUUGCUUCCAGAAGCAGUUUGGAACUCGGUAGUGAGUUUUACAACUGAGGAUAGACAAUUUUUGCUAGAGCAGGGCAGAUAUUUGACGAACUGACUUGUUGGAAAGGUGGCAUCCUAUGGCGGUGCCACGUUGAAAGUCUCUGAGCUCUUCAGUAAGACCAUUCUACUGCCACUGGUUGUCUAUGGAGAUUGCAUGGCUGGGAGUUCGAUUUUAUACACCUGUCAACAACGGGUGAGGCUGAAAUAGCCAUAUCCACUAUUUUGAAGGGGUGUCCACAUACACUACACAUACAAAAGUAUCUCAGUCAUAAUAAAUAUAUUUUUCCUCCAUAAAGUUGCCAUCAGCAAAUGCAGUGCUAGUAAGGGGGGAAGGUAGGGGUAGGAUAUUCAGGGAAGGGGUAGGAUAUUCAGGGAAGAGGUAGGUUAUUCAGGGAAGGGGAAGGUAAUUCAGGGAAGGGGUAGGUUAUUCAGGGAAGAGGUAGGAUAUUCAGGGAAGGGGUAGGAUAUUCAGGGAAGGGGUAGGAUAUUCAGGGAAGGGGUAGGUUAUUCAGGAAGGGGUAGGAUAUUCAGACGUUUUUGGAAGAUGGGCAGGGACUCUGUUGUCCUAGCUUCAUGCGAAAGCUGGUUCCACCAUUGGGGUGCCAUGACAGAGAAGAGACUUGACUGGGCUGAGCGGGAGCUGGGAUGGGUGGGCCAAGAGACCAGAGGUGGCAGAACGGAGUACUCAGGUUGCGGUGUAGAGUUUGAGCAUAGCCUGAAGGUAGGGAAGGGCAGUUCCUCUUGCUACACCGUAGGCAUGUACCAUGGUGUUGUAGUGUAUAUGAGCUUCGACUGGAAGCCAGUGGAGCGUGCAGAGGACUGGGGUUACAUGGGAGAACUUGGGAAGGUUGAACACCAGGAGGGCUGCAGCGUUCUGGAUAAGUUGCAGAGGAUUGAUGGUACACGUGGGGAGCCCAGCCAACAGCGAGCUGCAGUAUUCCAGAUGGGAGAUGACAAGUGCCUGGAUUAGGACCUGCGUCGCUUCCUGUGUGAGGUAGGGUCCUACUCUAUGGAUGUUGUAGAGCAUGAACCUGCUGGAGCGAGUCACUGCUCUGGUGUUUGCAGAGAACGACAGGGUGUUGUCCAGGGUCACGCCAAGAUUCUUUGCACUCUGGGUGGGGGACACCAUGGAGUUGUCAACCAUGGUGGAGAGGUCUUGGAGCAGGCAUGCCUUCCCCGGGAGAAAGAGCAGCUCCGUCUUGUCGAAAUUGAGUUUGAGGCGUUAGGCUAGCAUUAAAGCUGAGGUAUCUGCCAGGCUUACAGAGAUGCAUGUCGCCAAAUGAGUGUCAGAAGGGAGGAAGGAGAAAAGUAGUUGAAGGUCAUCCGCAUAGCAAUGAUAGGAGAGACCAUGUAAGGAUAUGACGGAGCCAAGUGACUUGUUGUAUAGAGAGAAGAGGAGAGAGCCUAGAACCGAGCCCUGGGGGACACCAGUAGGGAGAGUACAUGGUGGACCCUCUAGAAUGUACAGGCACUAUAGAUAAACAUAACUAUAAUGACAUUUAAAAUAUAAACACGUACAUACGGUAUAUUCCCCCAAAUUACCUACAGCACUUAUUUGAAAUGUGGAUUGAAGCUAUUUUUCUUUAUUUGAAAUGAAAUCAUAAUUUUAAUGCUAAGCAUUAAAAUUAUUUUGCAAUACUUUAUACACAUGAACAUGUUGAUGCCGUACUCAUAAAACGAUUAGAAAUAGGAGAGUAUGUUGUGUCAAACAGUGAAUUACCAGUAUGCCGGCCUAGACAGCAUCCCAAGCAGCAUCCUCAGGGCAGUGUUUAAAGACACAUUCAACCUCGUCCCUAUCCCAGUCUGUUUUCCCCACUUGCUUCAAGAUGUCCACCAUUGUUCCUGUACCCAAGAAAGCUAACUGAAACAAAUGACUAUCACCCCGUAGCACUCACCUCUGUCAUCAUUAAGUGCUCUGAGAGGCUAGUUAAGGAUCAUAUCACCUCCAACUUACCUGAGUCCUGAGACCCACUACAAUUUGCAUACCGCCUCAAAAGAUCCACGGACGACACAAUCGCCGUCGCACUGCCCUAUCCCACCUGGACAAGAGGAAUACCUAUAUGAGAAUGCUGUUCAUUGACUACAGCUCAGAUUUCCAUAGUGAUGAGCUUGGAGGGCACUAAGCUAAGGACCCUGGGUCUGAACUCCUCCCUCUGCAACUGGGUACUAGACUUCCUGAUGGGCUGACCCUCGGUGAUGAGGGUAGGCAACACCCCUGCCACACUGAUCCUCAACACGGGGGCCCUCCAGGGGUGUGUGUUCAGCCCCCUCCUGUACUCCCUAUACACCCAUGACUGCAUGGCAUAUAUUAUAUUGUUUACUUACUGUGUAUGUAUACUGUAUUCUCAACAAAGCUCAUCCUAAUAUACCUACUACUGUACAUACCAUACCAUUCCUAAUUAUACUGUCUAUACACACACCACAUAUUUAUAUUCUGGAUUCUGACACUGCUCACUAAUAUAAUCUACUUUGGAUUGUUAAAUUUGAUUUCUUGUUUAGAUCUUCUGCUUAUUUGUGUAUUUGCUAGACAUUCUACUGCACUUUAGGAUCUAGUAACAUAUGCAUUUCACUGCAUCUGCAGGAACACCUGCAAAUAGACCAAUAAACUUUGAUUUGAUGUGUUACAGGAUGUUGGACAUAAAGUUCAAAUUAAAUGUAUUUAGAAGAGAAUGAUUACUUUCCAUCUGACUGCUACACCAGAAUAUUAGCUUAAGAACAACUUGAGCUGACAACCACAUGACCGGAUUGUGUCCAAAUAAAGCAUACUUUUUUUUAUUA